AACGUCUUCCCUUAUAAAACAAUUAAAGAGAACAAAUGACAAACAUACAACAUUUUCUUCACCACCCUCCAAGUCCUACAACCUUCCAAGAACAAUUUUCAUUCACUUUCUAGAGAAAUCAAAAGCUAUUUUCCGGGGGAAAACCAAUCAAUAUGGGAGAGACAGAAACCAUGAAGACAAACUAAACCUUAAUACAUAUAUAUUAUCUAUAUACUAAUAUUCAUCCAAUGGGCAACGGAGACAAACUCAUCAGUCACUGGAGCUUCCAUAUUCCACGCCUCCAUUAUCAUCAUAAUCAUAAUCAUCAUGAGCAUGAUCAUGAAAAGGUACCAAAAGGGUGUUUGGCAGUGAAGGUAGGACAAGGAGAAGAGCAAGAGAGAUUUGUGAUUCCCGUUUGGUAUUUUAAUCAUCCUCUGUUUGGACAACUCUUGAAAGAAGCUGAAGAAGAGUUUGGAUUUGCUCAAAAAGGGACAAUCACGAUCCCUUGUCACGUUGAAGAGUUUAGGUAUGUUCGAGGAAUGAUCGAUCGGGAAAACUCCAAAUUUCUCGGUGCUUAUAAUACUCUUGGCCAUCAUCACCAUCACCAUCCUCAUCCUCAUAACCAUCUCAUCCGGUGUUUUAAGGUUUAAUGGUAUUCUUAUAUAUAUACUACAUAAUUGUCUCAUGUUAUUGUUGAUUAUAAAUAAUUAUCGGUCUCCACAUCUUAUCGCAUAUGUUGUGUGGAUUCUUGUUGCUGUUCAAAUGUGUGUUUUACGAUGAUUAACUGUAAGCUUGGCAUGAUAAUAUUGAAAAUAAACAUUUUGUGAUGAUAA